CCGGAAUAGUAGUAUACCACUCAAACCGAUGACGUACCACACAUCACAGAAAUAUGUCUGCGCCCAUGAACAUGCUUCGGACUUCUCGGAGACUGUCAAAAUUCAGUUCACUCCUGCAGAAUUUUAAAGAAGAAAAGAAUGUAUUGAGUAUCCCCACAAGAUGUCUGAGUUUACAAGAGUACCAAAGCAAGAAGCUCAUGGCAGACAAUGGUGUGGCUGUUCAGAAGUUUGUUGUAUGCAGUUCAACGGAUGAGGCAAAAUCGGCAGCCCGCAAUUUAAAGGUAGAUGAAUACGUAAUCAAGGCACAGAUACUGGCUGGGGGGAGGGGAAAAGGUGUGUUCUCCAAUGGAUUUAAAGGUGGAGUCCAUCUCACCAAAAAUCCAAGUGACGUGGAAAAUCUGGUCUCGAGUAUGUUAGGUCAAAAGCUGAAGACGAAACAAACCACAGGAGAGGGCGUCAAAGUCUCAAAGGUAAUGGUCGCUGAGGCAUUAGACAUAGCUCGAGAGACUUACUUUGCCAUUGUGUUAGACAGAUCGCAUGCGGGACCUGUGAUCAUUGGCAGCAAACAUGGAGGAAUGGACAUCGAGGAAACCGCCGCCACAGACCCCGACUCCAUUAUCAAGGAACCAGUGGAUAUUGUGAGCAGUGUUACAGAGCAGCAGUGUCUGUCAGUGGCAGAAAAAUUGGGAUUCCAAGGCAGCAACCUACAAACAGCCGCUGAUCAGAUUCGAAGACUGUAUGACUUGUUUGUUAGUGUGGAUGCCACACAGGUGGAGAUAAAUCCAUUUGGGGAAACCCCUGAUGGUAGAGUGGUUUGUUUUGAUGCAAAGAUCAACUUUGAUGACAACGCAUCAUUCAGACAGAAGGAGGUGUUUGCUAUGGAUGACAUGGCGGAGACUGAUCCCCGUGAAGUGGAAGCUAGUCGAUUAAAACUCAAUUACAUCGCCCUGGAGGGGAGCAUAGGAUGUCUUGUUAAUGGUGCUGGUCUGGCCAUGGCAACAAUGGACAUCAUUAAACUUCAUGGAGGAGAACCAGCCAACUUUUUGGAUGUUGGAGGGGGUGUUUCAGAACAGCAAGUUCAUGAUGCAUUCUUUCUCCUCAUGGGUGACAAACACGUGAAGACAAUUUUAGUGAAUAUAUUUGGAGGCAUUGUUAACUGUGCUACGGUUGCUACCGGCAUUAUCAAAGCCAGCAAGAAAUUACACCUAGAUCUUCCCCUGGUGGUCAGACUGGAAGGUAAUAAUGUGGAAGAGGCCAAAAAAAUCCUGGCUGAGAGUGGAUUGAAAAUCUUGGUGGCUGAUGGUUUCAACGAAGCAGCUCGUCUGUCUGUAGAAUCGGCAUCUAAAGCCUCACUGUGAUACCAUACAGCUUUUAAAAUGCAAACUAUUUUUUUAAAGACUCUGACAUUAAAUCCAGGAGGGUUGUGUGAAAUGAAUCAGGGUGCUUUUCUUUAUAUGAUGUAUGGUGAUAUCUAGAUAUAUAAAGCAAUGAAGGCUAGGAUUUUGCUGCUUGCGGGACAUUUAAAAUAUAUACAUGUAUAUAAAUUCCCAAUGAUUUGGUGAAAAUGUAGUUUGGUACAAAAAUUUAAUUUAUGCAAAGUUUGUGUAUAUGAAAUGUACUUGGUAUACAACUGACUACUAGAUGAUAAACCUGUUAGAAGUUUGGUGGGUUUUUUUUGUUGGUAUGAGGCAUUCUUUGAUUGUUUUGGGAGUUUUACUUUGUACUUAAUCUGGAUUCAUUAAGAACCACACUGGUUUUAGUUUUAACUGCAGAUUACUUCAGUUUUGUUUUCUUAACACAUACUUUUUCCUGGAUGACUUUGUAAUGUUGAAAGAAGUGUGGUGACUUAAUCAAUACUUUUCUUCAAAUCUACCGUGGAAUUAUUAUAUUUCACAUGAGCUCAGUUUUCAAGAAGUAUUUACGAUUCCACAAUUUACACACAUAGAAAAAGACUAUAUUUAUAAUGCCUCAACGAUCAAAAUCCAUGCACACAAAAUAACAUUCCUGAAAGAGUUGAUGCAAAGUCUUGUCAAUCCAUGAAAAUUGCCCCCCCCCCCCCGAAAUAUAAUUGUACAUUAUUUUGAUUGAAGUCUGUUGGUACGUGUAAUAGUAUGGUUGUGUUGGAUUGUAUUUUUCCUCUAUAUCUCUAUGUCACACAGGAAAUAAUGUACAAUUUAAUGCUUGUUUAAAUACACUCUAAUUAAAAUUAGAUCAUUUGAUCUGCAUCCAUAUAGAUCAUUACCUAUAGAAGUAUUCUAACAGAUCCGACAUCUAAUUAUAGUUUUAUAGAAUUGAUGUGUACUUAUCUUAGUAGUAUUGUAACACAACGUAAUUCAUUAUUAGAAGAGUGAUAGGAGACACUGAGGAGUAAAAACAAAAGUAACGAAGGAUAUCAAUGAUUUAUAUUACUCUUAGCCAACAUGCUAUUCUGGAGAGUGACUGUGUAUAAUAAACAUCAGAUAUGCUUUUUCGUGUCAUCCACAAAGACAAUUUCAUGAUCCCAUGUAGUACUGUAUGUAUCUCUAUCAAACUAUUAAAUUAAAAUUCAUAUACACUUUAUAUAUUUAUCCUACAUGUGUUUCAAAUGAUGGACUUUUUUCUGUGCAUUGUAUGUAGAUUACUUAUUAUGCGCUAGUAAUUAACGAUUAUAUUCUCAUUCCUAUCUAUCUGUAUUUAUUUAGGGUGCAUCACUCUUGAUUAAAACUUCUCGCAAGAUGACACUGAGCGACAUUUUUACAAGUUCUCGGACGUCAUAAGGAAUCUACCUUCUCCUGUAUGUUAAAACAAUGUGGCCUAUUGUAUGCAAGUUUCCAGAUUCAUUACACUGUAAUUUUAUGUAUAUCGAUCAGUGAUCGGUUAAAUCAUUAUAAUAUCACUAAUUGGCAUUGUGAUACUCAGAAUAAAGCAAAUUAAAGUGAAA